CCUCUCAUUUGGAUAUUGUUUAAUCCUUUGGUCGCCCCCCUCAAGUCAUGUUCCUCCCUCCUGUUUUGACCCAAAACUCUUUCUUUUUUUCCUUCCUCCCUAUACCCCUAUAGGUUUGUUGUUUGUCACUUUGAUUGUAUAAUUAGCUUAGCUCUCUUUUUCAACUAAGUGGUGUGAUGAUAGCCAUGGAUGGACACCAACCACAACCAUCAUCAGAAACAUUAGCAUCAGAAAAUGGGAGAGAAUCAGAGGACUAUGGAGAAGAAGGGAGAGAAAAGGGUCCUCAUCCUCUUGCUCAAGCUGGAACUGGCUCUUUCCCUGGAGGCUUCAUUGGGAAACAUAGGUUGCAAGCAGCCAUAACCAACCUCAAUAACCAAAUUAGUAUUUUGCAGGAAGAAUUGGAAAAAGUUGAAACAAUUGGUGAAUCCUCCACCGUUUGCAAGGAUUUAAUUUCAAGCGUUGAAUCCAUUCCAGAUCCUCUCCUUCCAUUCACCAAAAGUUCAGUUGAUGCUGGUUGGGAUCGAUGGUUCGGAGGUGCCCACCACUCUCGAAAUCACAAACGUUGGAUUUAGAUAUUUUGUUUUUUAUUUAUAUAUAUUUUUUGGUUACUAUGAACAAAUAAUUUAAAAUUUACCUGUUAGUGAUGGAAACAAAAGAGGAUAUUCUAAUGUACUACAGUGAUAAAUGAAUUACAUGUUCUUUCAGUUUUUAAUGAUUCACUUUUCUUUCCAGAAAAAGAAAAGCAUGAUGAUUAUAAAUGAAUCGAAAUUCCUUCUUUAGUUUUUUUA